GUGUGGGUGUUAGGCGCAUUGAUGAGCAUCGUUGAGGGUUUGUUGAGGCAGGUAGCAGAGGUGGAUCGAUCCAUUUUCAUCGAUUAAUAUCGAUGCUCAAGGCUUAAGGUGCAUCGAAUCGCACGUGUAAUAAUGGACGUUUUCAUCUUCAUGCAAAGUACCGUAGUGCGGAUUACAUACUGUCACAUGACUGGUAAAAAGGAGAGGGCGGCACGAGGCUGACAACACAAACGAGGCAGUAGAAACGAGACGGAACUCACGAAUGCAAACGAGACUGUGCAAACGAGAUAGCAAAAUGCAAAGAGAUGGAGAGAGAGAGAAAGCGCGACAUGGAAACAAAAGCAGUGCAAACAACACAACGAGAGCUGCCGUGUAGGCGAGAUAGCUGGCUGGUGCGAACGAGAUGACUCGAGUAUAACAGUACUGCACAUACGAUACAGUCCAAGCGAAUCGCCCUCUACACCCAGAGCAAAUUCACACACACUCGAUUAUAACAUCGACUCUUUCCAUCGAAUCACGGCAACUCGACGACAUCGCCGUGGGGGGUGGGGGGGGAGGGGAUCGUCCCACCCCUUGCAGCAGGGAGGGAAGAUCGAGUCGGUAGGUUAGGGAUGGGUGGAGUGAAACGAGCGCCGAUGGUUGGCUUAGCCGAGCGCGCAAGUAGCAGCAGCAGCAAGCGCAGCCACCCCCGCGGUAUAAAUUCCGCCGCCGCCACCGCUCAGCACCCCCACGCUGUGGACAGCGCCCUGCGGUCGCCUCCCCGAUCGUGACCGAGAGGCAAGCGCCUUGGCAGUGGCUUCACAGCCACACGAUGUCGAUUUGACGGCGAUGCGUGGAGAGGGGGGGGGGUGGGACGUUUCGUUCGAGAAUAGUUCAUGAAAGCGAGCGGGGAUUACACGGGCAUUGAGUUGACGCGAAAUACAGACUCCGAGUGGAUGAUUGAAUAGUGCCCCGGAAAGAAGGUGUUUAGUUUGAACCUACUUGCUGCCGUUGCACGGCGUUUAAACAAAAUCGCGGUCGUUUUGCCCAAUUGGCAAGUGUCGCAGGCAGCGGAACAUUCCGGCGUGGUUUGUUUGCUGCGGGAACAUAGAGUUGUCGGAAUGAAGGGUCCUUAACACUGACGGCAGGUCGCGUUACCAUCUGACACAAACAAACAAAAACCCCUAUUAUUGGCACCGUGUCCCGCACAACCGGGAAUGCCGCACCACGAGUGCGGCUCGUGUCCGUACGUUCCGCGUGCUGCAUUACGCCCGCAAUAAGGAGAGCGCCUUCACCUCUGGCAUCUCAGUCAAUCUGCUUGCGGACUGGAGGGCGAGGAGAGCCGCGCGGACGACACGAUGAUGGGCGACGCCAACGCGACGCCCCACAACCUCACGCAAGACGAGCUGCUGUUGAGAGAGCGCGGGCGCAGGCAGAGCGACUUCUUCGUGCCCAUCUGCCUCACCUACAGCCUCAUCUUCGCCGUGGGCGUGGGAGGAAACGUCCUCACGUGCACCGUGAUCGCCAGCAGGAAGGGCAUGAAGACGCCCACCAACUUCUACCUAUUCAGCCUCGCCAUCUCCGACCUGCUAGUGCUGCUGCUGGGCAUGCCGCUGGAGCUCUACGAGAUGUGGUCCAACUAUCCCUUCCUCUUCGGCCGCCUGGGCUGCUACUUCAGGACGGCGCUCUUCGAGACCGUGUGCUUCGCCUCGGUGCUCAACGUCACGGCGCUCAGCCUGGAGCGCUACGUCGCCGUCGUGCACCCGCUGCGCGCCCGCUCCUCCAGCACACGGCGGCGCGCCGUGCGCGUCAUCGCGGCGCUGUGGCUCCUGUCCGGGCUCCUCUCGCUGCCCAACACCCUGACGCACGACCUCAACUUCCUGGUGCUGCCCGACGGCUCGCCGCUCGACGAGUCGGCUGUGUGCACCGUGGUGCACUUCUGGCCCUAUAAGUACAUCGUGGCCGUCACCGCGUUCCUCUUCUACGUGCUGCCCAUGGCCCUCAUUAGCGUCCUCUACUGCCUCAUGGGGCUGGAGCUCCGCGAGGAGAAGCUGUGCUACGGUGAGAGGCGCCUGCAGCAGGCGGACCAGCCCGGCGGCGCCGGGGACAAUCGCCUGAGCGUGCAGCGCCCGCCACGGCGCACCGUCACCAAGAUGCUCUUCGUGCUGGUGCUGGUGUUCGGGCUGUGCUGGGCUCCGUUCCACGUUGACCGUCUCUUCUACAGCUUCGUCACCAAGUGGACCGAGACCUUGGCGCUCGUGUUCAACACUGUGCACAUCAUGGCAGGCGUCCUAUUUUACCUGAGCUCCGCCGUCAACCCGAUCAUCUACAACCUGCUCUCGACGCGCUUCCGCGCCGCCUUCCGCGAGCUGCUCUUCCGCCAGCUCAGCCGGAGCACCUCGCUGGGCUCCAGUCCCGCCAAGCUGUCGCUGGUGAACCGCCACAGCCUGACGGCGCUCAGCGGCCAGACGCUCAAUCUGGGCGAGCUCGUCGACUUGGGCUGCCCCGCACCGCUGCUCCCGGCGCAGGCCAACGCCACGGGACCCGCCGCGCGGACGGCCCCACUACCGGUGACCAGGGAGAGCAUCCAUCACAUCUGCCUGUGAAGAGGAACUGCCGGCUGUAAGCCACCGAGAACCUCAGGUGGCCCGGAUUGAUGGGCCUUUUUGAGGCUGCAGCCCCAGAGUGCCGGAUUUUUCGGGGUUCUAACAAAAAUAUUUGAGUGAUUUUCUUAAUGGUUGAAAUGCAAUACUGUGGCACUAUGAUACAUGCCUGGUAUGCAGAAGUGCGUGGGUUUGAUCCCGACCCUGAUGCCUGCUGUAUAUUUCGAGUUUGCAUGUUCUCCCCGUGGUUGCGUGGAUUUUAUCCGGGUUCUCCGAUUUUUUCCCU